AAAACAGCAUGCAAUAUUUAGGAAACUGAAACUAGUCAUUCUGCUAUAAAAGCUUCUGCCGACAGCCUUCCAAUCCACCUGAUAUCCACACACUGAGACUGAUCGCACACAACUCCAGGAUUUCCAAUAGAGUUGUGUUAUCUUACCUGGCAUUCAACUUUUCAGCCAUUUGAAUUCGACAAAAUGGCAUCCAGCAGACCCCUCAUCAUCCCCUGGCUGAUUAGAAAGAUCAAUAGUCAGAAGUACCCGGGAGUGGAAUGGGUCAACAAUGAAAAGACUCAAUUCAGGAUUCCCUGGAAGCAUGCCCUGAGGCAGGACCUGUCUGAGGAUGACAUCAAAAUUUUUGAGGACUGGGCUAUUGAUAGUGGCUGCUAUGAUCCACAAAGGCAUAAACCAGACCGAGCAAGAUGGAAGAGAAAUUUUCGUUCAGCACUGAAUCAGAAAGACAGCAUCUGUAUGGUUGCCGACUACAGAUCGAACUCCGCUGAUCCUCACAAAGUGUACGAGAUCACAAGUAGCAACACCGAGAUUGGACCCGGUGAGCAGUGUGUCGCAAUGGGUGGCGAGACAGAUUUUCAAAAGUUGGGUUCUUGUAGCUAUCAGGCUGGUGGCACAGCGGAGUCUCAGCAAAGAUUUAUUUCAGAACAAAUGACACACCUACAGCUUCUCCAAGAUGAUGCAGCAUUAUAUUGUGAUCUGGAAGAUUUCCAAAAUCUUUAUGCAAUCCCGGAUACCAUUACACCUGCUCAAGAAACUGAUCACCAUGUUUUACCAUCACAAGUACCUAUGGAAGGUGCCGCUGACUACUAUGAGGGUGCCUAUGCUGUUGGCAGCGAAGUUCCACCUGGUGUAAUCAGUGAAGUACAAGCUGGAUAUGUGCACCUGGAUCAAGAACAGGAGACGUUUCAACAAAAAAUAUUGAGACACUUUACCUACAACUCCUUUGAAACUGAUUUUGAAGUCAACAUUUAUUACCGAGGAACCAAAGUUAAAAGCACCACAGUAACCAACCGAUUUGGAUUCUGCCUGACUUCCAAACAACAUUCGCCGCCGGAAAGCUAUUUGGAGGAUGUGAUUCUACCCCUGGCUAAGGAAAAAGUUACUGAUCGGAUACUGAUUCAAGCAGUGAACCACAUUAUGACCAACCUGGAUCAAGGAACCCGUGUGGAAGUCCGUGACGGGACAAUCUGUGCAAUUAGAUUGGGCAACUGUCGUAGUUUUUGGACCAUAACAGAUACACCUACCACACGUCUGCCCAGUCCAAUAGACAAAAAUGACUACAGUGUCUUGUACACUCUUCAGCAGUUUGUUACUGAAUUAAUUGAAUUUGUUGAAAGGAGGAGUAAAGAAUCUCCACAGUAUUCCAUAUGGAUUUGUCUUGGGGAAACAUGGCCAGAUGGCCAACCAUGGCGAGAGAAAUGCAUUAUGGUUGAAAUCAUACCGGUGGUCAUGCGUUUGCUUCAUGAGUUAAGUCACGGGACUGGAGCCUCAUCGCUAACCAGCAGUGAUCUGAACCUGGAAAUCUCGGACUCAUUAUCUAGUCAAAGUUCUGUCCUUUCGUUUCUGAGGAGCAUUGAAGAAAGGAUGGACUGGUGACAAAAUUAGCUUUAUUAUAAUUGUAGAAAAGUACAGGACCAUUACUGCGUGUGGAAAAAGUGAUGGUAAUUCCAUGCCAGACUUUUUUUUUCCUAAUGUGUGGUUACUCCUUGGGAUAGCACCGAUGAGCUG